AAUUCUAGGUGUUAUAAGUAGAAGCCCGUAUCUGCAGCUUGGGCAGUGUCCACAGAAGCUCAGUUUUCCAUCUUCAACUCCUCAGAUGGCCAGGAACAUCCUAGCCUUCUUCCUGAUCACUGCUUUGGCCAUCACUGCACAUGCCCAAGUGCCACCUCUGUCACUAGACUACUACUCUAAGACUUGCCCCUCAGUGCUUCACAUAGUGAGGAGAGAGAUGGAGUGCGCAGUGGUCGCCGAUCGCCGGACGGCCGCCUCAAUUCUCCGGCUGCAUUUCCAUGACUGUUUUGUUCAGGGGUGCGAUGGAUCGGUGCUGCUAGACGACACUAGAACCCUUAUCGGCGAAAGGUCUGCAAUCGCAAACAAGGAUUCAUUGAGAGGAUUCAGGUUGGUGGACAGGAUCAAAACCAUGGUGGAAGCCAGGUGCCCAGGAAUCGUGUCCUGCGCAGACAUACUUGCAAUUGCAGCCAGAGACGCUGUUGUCCUAACUGGGGGGCCGUGUUGGGACGUUCCGCUAGGAAGGAGAGACUCAACAACGGCAAGCUUAGCCAGGGCGGACGUCGAUCUCCCGUUGCCUAGUCAUGGCCUUGUGACCCUCCUCGCCAAGUUUCAGAAUCAGGGGCUCUCUUUGACAGAUAUGGUGGCUCUAGUUGGUGCACAUACGAUUGGAAUGUCUAGAUGUACCAACUACAGGGACAGGAUCCAUGGCGACUUCAAGGACACAAUUGGAGCAAACCCACUGAGCCAAGCUUACCUCUACAACCUGAAAUCGGCGUGCCCACCAGUCGGGAACGACGACAACAUCACUUCAUUGGAUUAUCUUUCUCCGGCUCUCUUCGACAAUUCGUUCUACCAGAUCCUGACCAGAGGGGAGGGGCUUCUGAGCUCUGACCAAGCCAUGUAUUCGAGCCUCCUGUCUAAGGACACAAAGCCAUUGAUCACAGAGUAUGCGAUGGACGUGCUGGCCUUCUUCAAGCAGUUCUCUGAGUCAAUGGUGAAGCUGGGAAAUAUAACAGAUCCAGUGAGCUAUAGCACGGGCGAAGUCCGGAAGAAGUGCAGGUUUGUCAACAUCUGAGGUCGAUUCGGUGUUUGUUCAUGAGCCUCUUGACAAGCAUUUGUGUGGCAUUCGAUUGCAAUUACCAUCCAUUUGAUUGAGCAGAUCGAUUGAGUGAGAACAUCAGAUUAUCUUAGAGAAAGAUUUGAGAACAAGAAAAUAUAAAUUUUCAUUUCGGGAUUGUCAGCAAGCAGUGAGCAAAGUGAAUUGUUGCAGCAAAAUUCAUCUCUCCGUCUCUGUCUUUCUCUUUCUAGUUCUCCGUCUCUGUAUUUCCUAGCUUGAGGUUGUGGCUGUUUCCGGUCAGAUUUUCUUAAAUCUAAAUCCGGUCAGAUUUUCA